GGCUGCGAGCCCAGGCAACACAACACCUGAGCAGACGUACUGACGUACUGUAUCCCGUCUUGACAGCGGCACCACAUGAUGGCGAAUCUCGUGCGCUGAGGUUGCCAACGAGCGGGUGCUGUCAGAACACAUGCCCCGGCCCGGGCAACCCAGUCGCUGUGGAUACCUUGGUGGAGGAUAUCCCUGGGAAAUGUUAAUGAUUGUUCCUGAAGACUUCUCCUCCACCGAGGCCCCUGGAUUAGCGCACCGCCCCUGCACGAUCCAUGUCCGGUGCAAUUUCCCACAGAUCCCACGCCCUCACACCUCCCGGAGGAAACCCGCGGGGUCUACCGUGUGUGUACCUGCGGUCGAGGGCCUACUGUGGUAUUUAACAAGUCUGCCCUCUUUUCUCGACAUCUUUGCCGUCUUUUCCUCUCCUCCAGCCCACCAAACAGCUCCGCGAUAUUCACCUCCCAGAGCCUUUGACUCAAACUUGACUUCGGUCGUCCAUUCUUUCACAACAAACCAAACAAACGCAUACUACAAGCCCAGAGCUUCAGUCCGGUCUUUACGUCCACCUUCAACUCACUCGAAACGAGAUAUUUAUAAAUCCUACUUCAAAACCAAACCGUCAAGAUGAAGUCCGCAGUCUUCGCUGGUCUCCUGGCUACGGCCGUCGCCACUGAGGUUCAGUCCACCGUCUACGCCACCGAGCACAUCACCAUCACCUCGUGUGCCCCCACCGUCACGGACUGCCCUGCCCGCUCCACCGGCGUGACCUCCAGCGUCCACUCCUUCACCCAGAGCACCGUCUACAGCACCGAGUACGAGACCAUCACCAGCUGUGCCCCCACCGUCACCAACUGCCCGGCCGAGUCCACCGUCGUGUCCUCGUCCAGCUACAUCGUCAGCAGCACCCUGGUCUCCGUCCCUCCCCCCGAGGAGACCGGCGAGGCGCCCCCUCCCGAGGACACUGACGUCCCCCCGGUCGCCUCCACCAACACCGCCGCCGUCCCCCACCCCUCCGGCCCCGCUGGCGUCCCCAGCUUCGUCUCCUCCAGCUCCCCCGUGACCACCGGCCAGCCCGGCCUCCCCGGCGGCGGUGCUGGUGGCAUCUGCACCCCGACCUACUCCGUCAACACCAUCUCCACCACCACCGUCAUCCCGACCGUGAUCUACGAGACCGUCCAGGUGCCCUGCGUCACCGGUGUUCCCCCCGCCCCCUCCACCGGCUUCGGUGUUCCUCCCCCGGCUGGUGGCAACGGAACCAUCACCGGCUCCAGCCCCACCCCCACCGCCGUCGUCACCGCCGGCGCUGGCCGCACCUUCGGCGUCUCCGCCGCCCUGGCUGGUGUCGCCGGCCUCGUCGCCUUCCUCGCCUAAGCGUCAAACCCAUGCUGGGUCUGAACGGCGGCGGUGUCUCAGCACCGGCAAUCUUCUCAUGAUUUCGGCUCGGGCGCGCCCUCCCCCUGGGGUGGCAACGUCACGACGGGGCUGGUGGACAUGUGUUGCCGCGAUGUAUCUAUGUUAUCGUUCUUGAAGACGUACUGAGCCAACCCUGGAGACGACCCAAACCCCAUGGGUAGGAACCCGGAGCUCUCAUCUUUUAAAACCACUUAAACACACCGUAUUCUUCUAUCUUGAUACCAACCUUAAUUUUUCCGUCUGUAUAUAAUUCAACGACGCCAUGAACGUGUGUGUGCCUGUCCAAACGGUUUGUACGUAUGUGUGACUUGAGCCCAUUUGGAAACAAGUACCCGUUGUUUCGUUUUACCCCGCGCGUGAGGGCUGAGUCGUAGACCGCAGAGAUCGUCCUCAAAGGUCAGUAGGCGGCGCGUGGUGUCUCAUUUCCCGGAGGAUCAGUUGACGUCGGAAUCUGCCAAUGAGUCGGGUUCCCUUGUUGGCGGUGGGGAAAGCCACCCCGGGCGAAAAAGAGAUUAACAGAGGCGGGAUGGCAGGCUGGGCAGGCUGGACGUUCAGACGGUCCUGGGCGCCCUGCCGGGAGGGGACAAGCUGAACACCCCGGAACCCUCGUUAGCUGUUUCAUGUUUUUCCCUCUCGACUUUUAGUGUGGGAAAAAAGCAGCAGAGCCGGGGACAUGCAUGUUUCAUGACCCGUUCAGCCCGUUCGGCUUUUUUUCUCACUCUAUAUUAUU